AUGCCGCACCGCAGGGGCGGCCGCAGCCCUUACUGCUUCUUCGUGAGCGAACAGCUGCCCCAGCUGCAGCGCCGCGGGCUGCCCGUCACCUGUGUCAUCGACGCCAUCCCCUACUGCUCGCAGGCUUGGGCGAUGCUGACUAAGGAAGAAAAGAUGGUAUAUACAGAGAAGGCUCGUAAGUUGAAUGGGAAGAAAUGCUCUCAGAAGACAGUGAAAGAGACAUGUAAUCUGGCUCCUCCAGUUCCUGCUUGUCCCACCACAAAGAUGCCCUGUGUUACUUUUCCAGUUGCCUCUGUUAUGUCUUGGAAGAAUGAUCAGGCUGUGCUUGCAGACAUUUUCUACUUCCUGAACAUUUACAGCCAUGGCAAGCUGCCGUCCCACUGCGAACAGCGCUUCCUGCCUUGUGAGAUUGGGUGCGUCAAGUACUCCCUGCAGAAUGGCAUAAUGGCUGAUUUCCAUCACUUCAUAGAGCCAGAAGUACCACCACGUGGGUUUCGGUACCACUGCCAGGCUGCUAGUGAUGCCACUCACAAGAUCCCUAUAUCUGGGUUUCAUCUGCCACGUUCUUGUUACGAAGUUGUCUUAUGGGAACUUCUCGAGUUUGUCCAGCCAGCCAGAGGUGUCUGGCCUCGCUUUUACUGCAGGUCUAAUGACAGGUUCCGAAUUAGCUGGUGUCUCAAUCGAAUGGCUAGCAUCACAGGCAUUGACAGCCACCUGGAACUCCUUGACGUAGAAGACUUGGUAAUAGAGCUGUACCAGAAGAAAUACCAAAAGGAGCCAUCCAAGACUUGGGUGUGUAGAGAACUGGAUGCCUUCCUGUGGGAUUUCUCCAGUAAUACCAGGUGCAAGUGGCAUGAAGAGAAUGACAUACUGUGCUGUGCUUUGGCAUCCUGUAAGAAGAUCGUUUACUGCAUCAGUAAAUCUUUAGCUAGUGCAUAUGGUGUCUCACUGACAGCAGCUCACCUGCCUCUUCAAGACCUUGAUAAUGGUGAAAGCACAAAUACCAAGAUGGUGAUACUGGAUGCUGGACGUUUUCAGAAUAUGAAAGCUGAGGGUCCUGGAUAUGACAGACAUUUUGCUUUUGCAAGACAGGAUCAAGAAUUUGUCCUUUCUAACUGUGAUUCUCCAUGUGGUGUGAAGACCUGUUCCCUUUAUGGAACAAGCACCAUGCGAGGAAGAGGAAUUACUCGAUUGCUGAAAAGUGCACCUGACCUAGCCAAGUCUUUCAGUAACUGA